AAAUGUCCGAUAUUCGUAAAAUUUCCUCCAGAAAGUCAUAGUACUUAAAGGCGGCAAUCCGGUGGUAAACUUGUCUGACGCCUUCCAGAUACCAGUCCGGGCAAACAACACUGCUACUUACAGCAGAGGUGAUGUAUCUGUAUCUUCGUUGGAUUCUGCUGGCCACCGGUAUCGGUGUAGUUUCAUCACAGACACGUCUCAAUCUUAAUAGUUAUCUGCAGCCGGACCGAGUUACCCGCCAACAGUUUGUAAGCCCGCCUCGGGGAAGCAGUCUUUGCGCCAGGCAAUGCGUGAACGGGGAAGCCCCCAAGAUAUGCUACUACAAAUGGCUUGCCGAGAACUACGUCACACUUGGACCGGCUUGUGGAAACUGCCCUGUUAACGUGACUGCAUGCGACGAACCUCAGUGUGUGGUUGCGAACGGUUAUGAAAAAUCUGUCCUCACAAUCAACAGAAUGGUACCUGGACCUAAUAUACAGGUAUGUCUGGGUGACCGUAUUAUCAUCGACCUGCAGAAUAACAUCGCUGGAGGCCAAAUGGCUAUCCACUGGCACGGAGUGUUUCAAAGAGGGACGCAGUACAUGGACGGAGUACCCAUGGUGACCCAGUGUUCAAUUCAUGAGGCAGACGUGUUCAGAUAUGACUUCCUGGCCAAUAACGAAGGAACCCACUACUGGCAUUCCCAUGACGGUUUACAGAAACUGGACGGCAUCCAGGGCAACCUCGUAAUCCGCACACCAAAGGCGAAAGACCCGAACGGAAAUCUGUAUGAUAUCGAUGUCCCCGAACAUACACUCAUGAUUUUGGACUGGAUGAAUACCACGGCUGAAGAGAGAUUCCCAGGUCUACGUCAACGGGAACCAGGGCAGAUGCCAAUAACAUUCCUUCUCGACGGCAGAGGACGUCCUAAGCUAUUACCAGGUCAGCAGAACGCUUCGCCUGUCCCGUAUAAGGAGGUGUGGGUGGAGCAAGGCAAGAAGUUCCGCCUGCGGUUUGUGAGCGGUUUGUGUACAGUGUGUGGUGCUCAAAUCUCCAUAGAGAGCCACGGCAUGACGCUCAUCGCUACAGAUGGCGCUCCCGUCAAACCCGUCAAUAUCGGAUCCAUCGACUUAUUCUCAGGGGAGAGAUACGACGUGGUACUGAACGCAAACCAGACCCCAGGCACGUACUGGAUUCACAUAAGGGGACUAGCAGAGUGUUCCGAACCUGGUAUAGAAAUAUAUCAGUUGGCAGUCCUGAGGUACCUUGGCACCAAUCAAGCUAGGAACGACCCGCCAGGAUACAACGGUGGUUUCGGCAAUGGCGGAACGGUACUAAACCCUCAAAAUGCCUCAUGUGCAACUGGACAAGGUGGUUUGUGCGUUUCACAACUGACGGGUUUGAUUCCUGACAAUGACAACGUCUUGAGCAGGCCGCCUAACUUCAACAUAGUCUUAUCGUUCGGCUUCCACAUUUUCGACAAUUUGCAGGAAACUUUCAACAAGGGGAGAUACGAACGGUUUUUUGUGGCCCCGGACAGGACGGUUUUAACCAGCUGGAUAAACAACAUCUCCUUCAUAUCACCGCCAUCGCCUCUCCUCAGCCAGGGGCCAGAUACCCCAAGAGAAAUGUUCUGCCCCGUUGGAAGAGAUGGAUUCCCUCAAUGCCCCACUAACACAACCUCCGCCGAUUACUGUGAGUGUAUCUACGUCAUCAAGAUACCACUUGGGGCCGUCACUCAAAUCGUCAUUGGUGACCUCUUACCAGUUGCUGAUCUCCACCACCCUUUCCAUCUUCAUGGGUACCAUUUCUACGUCAUGGCCAUGGACCAGUUCAGGAACGGAGAAACCUUGCAGAGUGUCAGUAAGGAACUCUUGCGAACGAACUUCAGUCGUUCAUUACUGCCCGCCCUUAAGGACACAAUAACCGUACCUUCCAAUGGGUACGCUGCCAUCAGGUUCAGGGCCGAUAAUCCAGGUCUGUGGUUCUUCCAUUGUCAUUUUAUGUACCAUUUGGCGACUGGUAUGGCUGUAGUUAUGCAGGUAGGAAAUGAUGGUGACUGGCCUCCUGUACCACCGAAAUUCCCGAGAUGCGGCAAUUACCAACCCACGCCAUAUUUGGAAGACUAUUCGAAUAUAAUCCGUGGUUAAAACAACUCUCCUGAAGACCAAUACACGUAUUUUGGUUAGUGACUUCGUAUGACGAAUGAAGACAUAGUUUGUCGAAUUGUAAAUAUGGAAUGACAUGUUGAUAACCUCUAAAAACGCAAACACAAAUGUAUAAAGGCUUUGGUAAAUACAUACAGCUUAUACCCUCAUCACAAAAAACAA